AUGGAUCCUAUCCUAGAUGGGCUCAAUUCCGCCCAAACAGCCGCCGUAGCGUCUCCGUCCCCCAUCCUCCAGGUCCUCGCUCCACCCGGCUCAGGAAAGACCAAGACCCUGACCGCGCGCGUCGCGUACCUGCUUGCGCACCAUGGCUACCGACCACAAGAUGUCAUCUGCUGCACAUUUACAAUCAAAGCUAGUCGGGAGAUGAGGGAACGACUGGCAAAGCUGAUCGGUGAUGAAUUGCAGAGGAAGCUGAUUCUGGGAACAUUUCAUUCGAUUUGUCGGAGAUAUCUGGUAACGUAUGGGUAUCUGAUCGGGCUGAAGAAGGGGUUUGGUAUUGCGGAUUCAGGAGAUAGCUUGGCGAUCAUCAAGAGGAUCAUCAAGCGAUUGCAGGUCGGAAUCCAGCCUAAUGCAGCGAGGGCAAGGAUUUCACACCAGAAAGCUCAUGGAGUCAGUCCGGAUGAGCUGGCGGCGAAAUUGAACAAGAAUUCGAAGGUUCUGGAGCAGAGAGAGUUUGUUCAGGUAUAUCGUGAGUAUGAGGCAAAUCUGGCAGCUUCAAGUUUGCUGGACUACGAUGAUUUACUUGUGCGGUGCGUGGAACUGCUCAGGAAGCAUCCGCAGUGUGUGUCGAACGUUCAAGCUGUUCUGGUUGAUGAGUUUCAGGAUACGAACCAUAUCCAAUAUGAGUUGAUGAAUUUGUUUGCGUCCCAGAAUCAGCGGAUCACGGUUGUUGGGGAUCCGGAUCAGAGUAUCUACGGUUUCCGAUCUGCCGAGAUCAAGAACUUGGGGCGUAUGCAGCAGCUAUAUAAGGAUACGUCGGUCGUCUUGCUGGAGGACAAUUACCGGUCGUCUGGGUGUAUCCUGAGUUCGGCUCAAGAUGUCAUUGAACAAGAUUCAUCACGGCCAGCGAAGAAGCUGCAACCGACGCAUAGCUUGGGCACUAUGCCUGUCCUGCGCAAGCUGCCUGACUCGGAGUCGGAGGCUCUCUGGAUUGUUCUAGAGAUCAAGAGGUGCAUCGCCUUGACGGGGAAGCUUGUGAAUUAUUCGGACUUUGCGAUACUGCUCAGGUCGGCUGCUCUCUCGCGACAGAUAGAAGCCCAAAUGGGAAAGCAUGGGAUUCCGUACCGGAUGGUUGGUGGCUUGAGGUUCUUCGACCGAGUGGAGAUCAAGUUGCUCCUGGACUAUCUUCGAGUAAUUAGCCAGCCGGGUAACACCGAUGCUCUCCUGCGCAUUAUUAAUGUGCCGUCUAGAAAGCUCGGUGAUGAAUCAGUCAAUAUAUUGACAAAGGGCGCGGAGAAGGCGAAGAAGCCGCUCUGGGACUUCAUGAAGGAUGUUGCUCAAGGUCGCAGUUCAACGGAGAAAUCUCUAUCAAAGCCUGCUGACAACGGACUCUGCACACUGGUUGGACUCAUCGAGUCUGCUCGACAGAAGCUCCGGGAAUGUACCGACGGGUCGUCGCCGAGGAAGCUCCUCGACUUUUUGAUCAAAAAGCUAUCAUUCCGAGAAUAUCUCAAAGCGUUACAUGGCUCGAAUGAGGAGAACCGGUGGGCUAACGUGGAGGAACUCUUGACCCAAGCUGAUGACACACCUGGGCCAGAGAAUGAGGCUGAAAACGAGGAAAAUCUUCCGGAAAUACAGGGCAUCGAACAACAACAAGCUCAUCCGGGCGAAGAGGCGCUGUCUCGCUUUUUGGCGAAUGUGGCGCUGUCCACAGAGGUUCUUCCGCAGGAAGGUGAAGAGGGCGAGCAAUCUAAUGAGAAGGUUACCAUCUCCACGAUUCAUGCAGCAAAAGGCCUUGAAUGGCCUGUGGUGUUUGUGCCUGCCGUGCUCAAUGGCAUUAUCCCACAUUCACGUGCCGAGGACUCGGAUGAAGAGCGAAGACUGCUUUAUGUAGCCAUGACCAGGGCACAGGCAUUGCUAUAUCUAAGUUAUCCUCUCCGACAGUCCCGCGAUGGCGAAGAGGCAACAUUGUCGAGCUUCCUCCCGUCAAAGCUAGUAGAGGAGCGAUUUCGUUUUCUCGGACCGAAAAUCAACGACAGAAUUAUCCAAGAUAUCGCAGAUAUCCUACGUCGACCAAUGCCGGACUCAGCUGCUAUAUCGGAAGGACGAUCUACCUGUGAUAUCCCAUAUGACGAUCAGUGGACAGAAGAUGGCUUCGAGGCGCCUGAUGCCAUCAUUCGCUGGGACGGCACCAGAGCCAUGGGCGGGGAGCCCAAUCCUAAGAGACAACGACUCAACCAGGAGCAACCGGGCGCAUCGACGACAACGUACAUGUCGUGGACGACGCCGACCAUGAAUGGCUCCAACUUUUCUGUUCCCACAACAUUAUCCCUAGGUUUCUCGACAGCCCGCGAAUACAUAGCGACUAGCGACUCAGCCCCAGAACAACCCCCAACCCCAGCCGAGACCAAGUCGAACGCCGUAGCUGCCAGCAUCGUCGGUCGCAAAGCGGACGGACUAUCGCAGAAAACGAUCUCUGGAUUCUUUGGGCAGCCUUCGUCGUCAGGCCCGAAGAGCGGUUCAGGCGCGGCUGGGCGCUACCAGCCUCAGGGCAACCGGAGAGACGCGGUAGGGCAAACGCGUCACAGUGGAUCGUCGAACUCUGAGUUUAAAAGUGUGAUCCCAUCGAAUCUCCGGACGUAUCGCCCGCAAGGGCCAAAGUUGCAACCCCCUCGACCAGUUCUCGAACCUUCCGACACGAAUCAAUACACCUGGUUGGCAGCAUCCUCGAAGCCCUCGGAGGGACAGAAGCCGUUCUCGCGCGCCACUCAGGGACCGAAGUCGACUGAUGAAGGAGCAAGCGAAGCUGGGAAGGAUUUGCGGACAAGCGAGAUUAAGAGUCUUUCAGGGACCGUCGGGGGAGCCAGACCGGUGGCCACGUAUCACACGACUACCAUGUCGAUGGUGCAGACGGGGCCAGCGACGACGAUGCGACGGACGCUAGGGAUUCGACGAAGCAUGAACGGAUGGGCGGAUCGCAUGAAGAGGGAGAACAAUGGACCAUCUUCGUAG